UACCCAGUAACCACACGGCCCCACCUAAACCUGCCCGAGCGCUCCCCAGUGAAGUCACUACGAAACCCCAAAAUCACUCCCAUCUGACAUAAGUUGACUGCUCUAUCCGUCUCAGUCUAGAAACUAGAAAGGGGUGCUCUGAGAUCACAAAUAACAAGCAAACAUGGUGAAGGCAGUUGCAGUUCUUAACGGCAUUGAGGGUGUUGGUGGCACCAUUCAAUUCACCCAAGAUGAUAUCCAUGGUCCAACUACAGUUAGUGGAAGUGUAACAGGCCUCAAGCCUGGUCUUCAUGGCUUCCAUAUCCAUGCCCUUGGUGACACAACAAAUGGCUGCUUGUCAACUGGGCCACACUUCAAUCCCUGUGGGAAGGAUCAUGGAGCUCCUGAAGAUGAAAUCCGUCAUGCCGGUGAUCUUGGAAACAUCACAGCUGGAAAUGAUGGUGUUGCUCCCAUUAACAUCAUUGACAGUCAGAUUCCUCUUAUCGGAACUAAUUCUAUCCUUGGAAGAGCCGUAGUUGUUCAUGGUGAUCAUGAUGAUCUUGGGAAAGGUGGUCAUGAGCUCAGCAAAACAACUGGAAAUGCUGGAGCAAGGGUUGCUUGUGGUAUCAUUGGUCUGCAAGCUUAAUGAGUGCAUCCGGGAAAUGUUGUGACAAUAAAAAAUGUUGUGCCUUUCUUUCAACAACACUUGUCUUUGAAAUUGAUUCCUUUUCUUGAUCCACUCUCUUAUGGGCGGUGGUAUGAACUUAAACUCUGUAGUUCUACUGAAACAUCGGACUUUUUUUGUUUGUUAAUCAACACUUGAUAAUAAGUGGGUUUGCUCAGACAACUCAUAGUUUUUUUUAGUCAUCAUGAGAAGCCAAAUGCGAUUUCUAGAAUUGGCGAAUGAGAUUGAUGAACGUUUUGGAUGUUUAUUCUGGUGGUAAAACUAUCAGGUGAUGUAUCUGUUGGUGGACUAUGUUUAAAUUAUUGGGUUAUUGUUUGAAUGAGAGACUAUUGUCUGAAACUUAAAUAUGAAGUGUUGAAUUUGAAAUACCAGGUGAUUGAGGUAGACAUGUUG